GCAACUUGUGGCUAGCUCGCUACUGAGGAAGGCACAGCACCGAGGGAUCCUCUUGUGACACCACCCCGAGUCAAAGACUGCCUGCUCUUUCUUAAUUCUAAGAGUGUGUUUGUAUUAGUGGCCGUUCUGCAGGUCACUGAAGUCCAGAUGCACGAGUCCCGGUCAGAACCAGCAGGCCACACCAUUCAAGCGAGUCAGGCAGAGAGCAGAAACCCCGCCGAGAAUGAGAGUGGACUGAAGAGCGGCCAGACUCCUCCUCCAGAGGUGCCCCGGGGUGAAUCGAAAUUGGUCCCUUUUUUUCCCUUUGUUAUAAAGAUUCCGGUGUCCUUAUCCAUGAUGACCCCACCAGCAGAGGCUCCAAAGCAGCUGCAGCAGCUUCAGCAGCAGGUCCUCAGUCCCCAGCAGCUCCAGGCCCUCCUCCAGCAGCAGAAGGCACUCAUGCUACACCAGCAACAAAUUCAGGAGGUCUUCAAGAAUCAGCAGGAGCAGCUCAACAUGCAGCUGCUGCAGCACAAGACUGCCGGCGUCGUUAGUCAAGAGCUGACAGCCCAGCAAAUUGCCAUCCAGCAGCAGCUCCUCCAGGUGCAGCAGCAGCAUCUCCUCAACCUGCAGAGGCAAGGCCUGCUGUCCGUGCUGCCCAGCAACCCCACCGCGUCCCCGGGCUGUGAAAACGGCAGCAUCCUGUCCCCCGGUGGAGAAACCAGAGAGUCCUUCAGCCAACAGUCCGCAACCAACGGUCACUCAGCUAUGCUGAAGAGGAAAGAGAGCGGGCUCGAUGAGAAAACGCAGAAUAGCCACCCGCUGUACGGAAAUGGAAUGUGCAAAUGGCCCGGCUGCGAGAUUGUUUUCGGAGACUUUCAGGCAUUUAUCAAACAUUUGAACAGUGAGCAUACGCUUGAUGACAAGAGCACAGCGCAGUGUCGUGUGCAGAUGCAGGUGGUUCAACAGCUGGAAUUGCAGCUGAAGAAAGACAAAGAGCGACUGCAGGCUAUGAUGGCCCACCUCAAGUCCUCGGAGCCCAAACCUGCGGCACAGCCUGUAAAUCUGGUGUCCAGUGUAUCCUUCUCCCAGGCAACCUUGCCCAAAGGCCCUCCCCCCAUGAGCCUCUCCCAGAGUGCGACUGCACCAUCCACGCCCCUGACACCACCCUCUGAAACCCCCUCAGUCCUCACUCCCAAUAGCAUGUACACUGGAACCCCCGUGCGGAGGCGAUACAGCCGCUCUGUGAGCCAAGGUACCGACAUAAUCGACAAUAAGGAGUUCUACCUGAGCACAGAAGUCAGGCCUCCGUUCACCUACGCUUCUCUCAUAAGACAGGCAAUAUUCGAAUCGCCUCGCAAUCAGCUGACCCUGAACGAGAUCUACAACUGGUUCACUAGAAACUUUGCGUACUUCAGGCGCAAUGCUGCUACUUGGAAGAACGCCGUCAGACACAACCUGAGUCUGCACAAAUGCUUCGUGCGUCUGGAGAACGUGAAGGGAGCCGUGUGGACCGUGGACGAGAUCGAGUUCCACAGGCGGCGACCUCAGAAGGCGGCCGGGAACGGAUCUCUGCUGAAGAACUCUCAGAACCGCCAGAGCCUAGCAGGGUCAGCUCUCCAGAGCGGGAUCCUGGAUGGCAGCGGCUCCCUGUACAACCCGGCGUCUCUGGGCAGCAUCCCGCUGCACUCCCUGCCUCACAUCCUGCAGGAGCAGAUGAACGGAGCUCUGGCCAACGGCUCCGGGUACCAGAGCGACAGCAGCGCCACGCAGUCCCCCCCCCAGGCUUUCAUCAAAGAGGAGCAGGAGGAUGAGGAGAUAUGCGAAAACUAUCCGUACGAGUCUCCGGCGAGCACGGACGAGCACGGCCACAGUCCAGAGAUGAACCACCAUGAAGAGGACCACAGCAGCCCGGAGAGGUCCAGCCUUCAUCUGGACCGUGUGCCUUCUCUCUGACUGUGAGGUCCCCACCCCUACGCCCCCCUCACAGCCCGUGUUGACUCUGUAUUCCAAAAAAAGCAACAGCUUCAUCCACAUAACCAAACACUCUGUUCCUGGGAUUUUAAUUUUUUUUCUUCUGUCAGAAGCUUUGGGGCAGCACGUGCAGGUUUUGGUUGGUCUGCAUCGUCCAGUUGCCGAACGGGAUCGUUUGUGAAAAGGAUUGUGUUUUGUCGUGUCUCUCGUGUAUGUCUAAACAAAAAAAAAGGACCACGACGAGCAGAGAAGCCAAAGGAAAAGGAACGCCGAUAGUUAGCACUUCACAAUGGAAUCCCCCCCCCCCACCACCACCCCUCGUCACAGCCGGGUUUUGCUGUGCCAGGGGUGGGCCCACGUGGCCUGAUUUUAUUUUAGUGGCCACCCCAUGUAAAGAUUUGUAGAGAAUGAAAAAACGCAUUGUUACGGUAAUUGAAAUCCUCACUGCCAACAUGAUGUGAUAUAUUUGUAUUUUAAGGUUCAAUCAGUAAACGGAUCAAGCGAUUCAACAGCCACUUUCUUCCUUUUUAGCCCCCUCCCUUCCCAACCAUCGCUGAAAGAGUAAACACUAUAGAUUUAUUGUUAUUGUAAAACCAAUGCAUCACUAUGACUAUUAAAUUCCUCCUGAUCUGUGUGACACCAUGCAUGUGUCUUUGAUUUAGUUUUCCUAGUUUACUGGUGAUAAGGCGUUAUCAUUGGUGCACAUGAUGAAAGGAUGAUUUUUGGGUUUUCUUCUUUUUUUUUUUGGUUUAACCUGCUAACCUGUCUGCCAAUGGUCACGAGCUCAUGAUGUAAAGUAGUGAGUGAGGUGUGGGUAGGAGACAUUCCACUGUGGUUUAGUGCGUCACUUUGAACAGUGUGGGACUGCGUACUGGCGACAGGAGCAGUUUACACACACGCGCUGGUCCAGGCCAGCCGAUCGAUGUUCGUGCCUUAGCUUGAAGUAACCCAAUAGGUCUCUCUGUGAAAUGUCAUUCCCCUUUUUAGGCCGAUGGACGUGGACUUUGCCCGUGAAGUCGGAAGCGAUGCUCUGGAAGGGGCUGCGGAUAUUAAAAAUAGUUUUUUUUGUAGGAAUAUUCAUUAAAGAGAAUUUAAAAGCUGAUUAUGUUCAAGAGUUCAUUGAGACUUUGAGAGUUUUUCUUGUGUAACUUCAAAAUGAACUGAUGCCUUUUUUCUUUUUUUGUAGCAUCAGGGGUUAUGAAGACUGAUACAGCUACUGCUAUAACAAAGUAUUCUAUUUGUGGACUUUUUUUUUGUCUUACCAAGACAUUGAAGGGACCAUGCGCCUGAUGUUUUGUUGUUCAUUUUGCCCUUUUGUCUGUUGGACAAACAUCUAGCUCUUAUAUGCUCUGUCAGUGGAAACGAAGGCCACCCAGAAACAGCUCAUCCAUAUUGAAGUUCCAAAUUAUUAUUCUGCAUGUAGGAUUAAAUAAACAUUUAGGUGG